AUGACAGGCGAGGCUUUGGAGUCCACCAUGUUGCCGGGAAGGUGUGCCAUGCGGGGGAAUUGCGGAAGAACGAGCAUGUUCGGCGCGGACCUCCCUUGUCCGGAUGAUGGUCCAGCCAACAAGACCACAGAUGAAGUCAGAGAUCUUCUAGCCACGGUCUGCGGCCCCGCCUACACCAUCCCCGACAGCGUCUGCUGCACGGCCGAGCAGAUCCGGACCCUCGGCGAGAAGGCUCAGCAAGCUGCCCCGCUUAUCGCUUCUUGUCCCGCGUGCAUCAACAAUUUCCGCCUCUUCUACUGCGACUUUACCUGCUCCCCCGACCAAUCGCAAUUCCUCACUGUCUCUUCCACCCUGAAGACUACAUCGGGCAAGCAGGCGGUCAAGGAGGUCAAUUAUGGCGUCAGCGAUAAAUUCAGGGAAGGGUUCUACGACUCGUGCAAGAGCGUGCAGUUUGGAGCGACGAACGGGUUCGCGAUGGAUCUGAUAGGUGGAGGGGCGAAGAACUCGUCGGCGUUCUUGGCGUAUAUGGGAGAUAUGCGGCCAGGUCUGGGAAGUCCAUUCCAGAUCUCAUUCCCAGAGGGCGGGGAGGGGUAUACCCGGAAACCGCUCAAAUGCUCGGAUGGCGACCUCAACUCUCGGUGCGCCUGCGUCGACUGCCCUACUAUCUGUCCUACCCUACCCUACGUCGCGCCUCCCUCUAGCGACCAAUGCCGCGUUGGCGCGGUAUCUUGCCUCACCUUCUCCCUUCUUAUCGUCUACUCGGUCGCCAUCCUCUUCAGCCUCGUCUAUUUUUCGUACAAGCAGGCUAUACGGCAUCGGCAACGGCGGUACGAACGGCUCGCACUAGUCGAUCCGCCCAUGUCUCCCGGUGCGGACGGUGGGGUCAAUGGCCUGGACGGCCUGAUCGGACGGGGAGAGGCGGAUGCGGAAUCGGGACCGAGCGGGUCAAUACACUUCCGUCUGGGUCGGGGGGCUACUCUCCUCGACCCGAUGGAUCAUAUGCAGCCCAAGCAGAACAAGAUCAACGCUGCUCUGCGGCGCUUCUUUUACCGCCUCGGACUCUUCUGCGCGACGCAUCCCCUCGAAACAUUCGGGAUCGCCGCCAUGAUCGUCGCGGUGCUCAACCUUGGCUGGCGGUACUUUGAAAUCGAGACGGAACCGGUCCGGCUAUGGGUCGCGCCCAAUAGCGAAGCGGCGCUCGAGAAGCACUUCUUUGACGAACACUUUGGGCCAUUCUACCGCGCCGAGCAGGUGUUCGUGACCGUUCCGGACGGGACACCGGUCACAUAUGACAUCCUCGACUGGUGGCUGGGCGUCGAGAGCGACAUCGCGGCGCUCAAGUCGGACGGGGAGGGAUAUACGCUGGAUGACGUCUGCUUCAAGCCGAGCGGGCCGGAUACGGCGUGUGUAAUCCAGUCCGUCUCGGCGUGGCUGGGCGAGGAGAUGGAGGAAUGGGGAGAUGAUUGGCGGAAGAGGAUCUCGGACUGUGCGGGCAGGCCAGGAGAAUGCCUGCCGCCAUUCGGCCAGCCACUCGACCCUAAGCUAAUCCUCGGCGGGGCGAAUGGGGAUUGGCUCCAUGCCAAGGCGCUGGUCAUCACAUACGUCGUCAACAACUUCAACGAUGACCGCGUCCGCCCUGCUGAGCAAUGGGAGCGGAAGCUCGAGGCGUACCUCGGUGCUCUGCACAAGGACGGUGUCAACAUCUCGUACUCGACAGGAGUCAGUCUCGAAGAGGAGCUCAACAAGAGCACCAAUACGGACGUUAAGAUCGUCGUGCUUUCCUACCUUGUCAUGUUCCUCUACAUCUCCCUUACCCUCGGCGGCGGUCUCCCUCCUUCCGUCAUCUCCGGCACUCUCGCCUAUCUCUGGUACCUGACCAAGCGGGUCGGCGUCCUCCUCCACGUCGCAUCACCCGACUCUAUCGCUCAUCCUCCCUCAUCACCCCUGGCGGCCAUCCCCACCCUCCUCUCUGUCAACUCCAAAUUCUCCCUCGGCCUCUUCGGGAUCGUCAUCGUCCUCAUCGCCGUAGCGUCUUCUGUCGGUCUCUUCUCCUUCCUCGGUAUCCGCGUCACCCUUAUCAUCGCCGAAGUCAUCCCCUUCCUCGUCCUCGCCGUGGGCGUCGACAACGUCUUUAUCCUGGUACACGAGCUCGACCGCCAGAACAGCUUACACGCACAGGAUGCGCCGCUGCCCGUCCAAGGUGUAGACGAGGAUGACGAGGAGGAACCGUCUUCGCCGAAUCUGCCACCAGAGGAGCGGGUAGCGCGGGCUUUGGCGAGGAUGGGACCGAGUAUCAUGCUCAGUUCGGUCACGGAGACGGUGGCGUUCGCGCUGGGCGCACUGGUGCCCAUGCCGGCGGUACGGAACUUUGCUAUCUACGCGGCGGGGAGUGUGUUCCUUGGAGCGGUCAUGCAGGUCACGAUCUUUGUGUCUGCUAUGGCUUUGGAUCUGAAGCGUGCAGAGUCUAUGAGGAUCGACUGCUUCCCCUGCGUCCGCCUUCGUCCACCUGUCGGGCUAUACGAGCGGUCCGCUGCUCCCAGCGAGAGCAUCGUCGCCAAGUUUAUGCGUCGAGUGUAUGCGCCAAUACUGCUGCACCACGAGGUGAAGCGUUUGGUGCUGGCGAUCUUUGGCGGGAUCUUCAUGGUGGCUAUCAUCGGGAUACAGCAUAUCAAUCUCGGUCUCGAUCAACGUCUCGCUCUACCCGCCGAAUCCUACCUCGUCAACUACUUCAACGAUCUCGACGCUUACCUGGACGUCGGUCCACCCGUCUACUUUGUCGUCACCAACGAGCCCACAUCCCGGAUCGGCCAGCAAGAGCUCUGUGGCCGCUUCACCACCUGCCAAGAGCUCUCGGUCGCCAACUCGCUGGAAGCCGAACGGAAACGCCCAGAAUCAUCCUUCCUCGCCAGUCCGCCCGCCUCAUGGGUGGAUGACUUCCUGCAAUGGACCAACCCCACCUUUGAGAGCUGCUGUCGCGUCCGGCGAGCCAACCCGGAGAUCUUCUGUACCGCGCGGGAUAGCGAUCGGGCCUGCCGACCCUGCUUCGAGGGGCAGGACUGGAGUAUCACGAUGGACGGUCUACCCACCGACGACAAUUUUAUGCGGUACCUCACCCAGUGGCUCAAAUCGCCCUCGGACGAGAACUGUCCCUUGGGCGGAAUGGCCCCUUACUCCAACGCCAUCAGCAUCGCUCCCGACAACCGGACCCUCUCCGCCACACAUUUCCGGACGUACCAUACCCCCCUUAAAUCCCAAUCUGACUUUAUCGACGCCCUCACCGCCGCUCAGCGAAUCAGCAAGGAUAUCUCUCGACGCACCGGGACAAAGGUCUUCCCCUACUCGCUCUUCUACGUCUUUUUCGACCAGUACGAGCAUAUUGUCACGAUCGCCAUCCAGGUGGUCUCGCUGGCGCUGCUCGCGAUCCUCGUGAUUACGAGUCUGCUGCUGGGGUCAUGGCGAACCGGUGGAGUCGUGACGUUCACGUGUGCGCUGGCGGUGACGAGCGUGACGGGAGUGAUGGGGUUCUGGGGGAUCAGCCUGAAUGCUAUCUCCUUGGUCAACCUCGUCAUCUCCUUGGGUAUAGCUGUGGAGUUCUGCAGUCAUAUAGCGAGGGCAUUUAUGGGUGCGGGUAGCGGGGUGGCGUAUGAGAAGGAGGGCAAGCGGGAGAAGGACGAUAGGGCUUUCGCGGCGCUGGUGGAUGUCGGACCUUCGGUCUUCUCAGGAAUCACAAUGACCAAGCUCAUCGGAAUUUCUGUCCUCGCUCUCACCCGCUCGAAACUGCUCGAGAUCUACUAUUUCCGGAUGUGGCUCAGUCUGAUCCUAUCGGGGGCACUACAUGGGCUGGUGUUCCUCCCUGUGGCGCUGAGUUAUCUGGGCGGACCGGGGUAUGCGCUGGAGGAUACGGAUGAGGAGUGGGUGACGAGUCAGAUGAGGAGACCAAUGGACUAUGAGUAUGCGCCGUUUGCGGAUACGGACUCGAUGAUGUCGGAUCGCUAG